AUGUCUGAAGUUGAACAAUCCAAAGAGAUUGAAGUGUUGAAACUACCUCAGGCACCAAUUGACAGAAUUGUAAAAGAAUGCCUACCUCAAGGUUUUCACGCCAACAAAGUAAGUUUGACACGUAAUUGUACAGUCCAAUGUUUGUUUUCUGUUAUGUAUUUUGUUUUUAGGAUACGAUUACGAACUUUUAAUUAGUUUUAAUUGAAAGUCUGAUAAAUUUGUAUUUUUAGGAAAGUCGUUCUGUGUUUGCUCGUGCUGUAUCAGUUUUUGUGCUUUGUGUGGGAACAGCGGCAGCGGACAAUGCUAGGACCGGGAAAAGGAAGACAAUUAAUGUUAAGGAUGUGAAGUCUGCUUUACGGAUGAUGCGUUUAGAUAUGCCUGAAGUUGAUCGAAUGGUAAGGUCUUUUGCUUUGUGGUUUUAAAUUUAGGUUAUACAGAGGUCGGAAAGAAGGUUAAUCUCUAAGUAAAAUACAGUUUUGUGAAUUUAUGACUAAUCUUUUUAGGUAGAACAGUUUAUGGAGCACAUUGAAGCUGAAAAGAUUAACAAAAAGGCUGUUGUCGCUGAAGAACCAGAAGAAGAAGAUCAGACUGAAGAACAAACGGAAGCUGUCGAAGAAGAUGAUCAAGCUGAAGAACAAACGGAAGCUGUCGAAGAAGAUGAUCAAGCUGAAGGGCAAGCGGAAUCUGUUGAAGAAGAUGGUCACGCUGAGGAGCAAACAGAGUCUGUCGAAGAAGAUAAUCAGACUGAAGAUGUAGAAGAAGAAAACGAUGUUUCAGAAGUUGCUAUGGAAGAAGAGGAUUCUAAUGUAGAUUUGGAAAGAGAGACUGAAGCUGAAAGUUCUCAGAAGACAACUACAAUUUCUACUGAUGAACAGAUGGAUGUCAAUACAGAAGUUACAAGUGCUACAGAGAACGGUUCUCAAUUAAACACUGAGAAAGACCUUGAUUCUUCUCAAUAUACAAAUGAGUCUAAGACUUCUGACGACGACGAGUAA